AUGACGUCAUCAGGCUCCGUCGUACAUCUACCUCACGAUUUGAGACUGCCCUUCGCUAGACAUAUAGCUUACAAUGGCACAAGAUACAUGCGGCGAUAUGUCGUGGACCGGGUGUACAGGGAGAAACAUGUGCAAGGGUUCCAUCCAAGAGAGAUUACUGAGUGUGCCUUCGACAUUGUUUCGCCGAAGACUGACUCGCUAUGGCCAGACUCCGAGCUGCUGGUAGUGGCCAGUAGAGCAGCGUCAGACAGUGGUCUGAAGGUGUCUCUACAGCUGAACCACACAGAGUUACUGCGCACUCUACUUCUGUCCUGCGGGGUACCCAUGGACAAACACGCCGACAUAUAUCCUGUACUCGUUGAUGUUAGUUUUGGUCGCAUAACAAGUCUACAACUGCAAACCCACUUAACAUCCCUUUGCAUAACAAAUAAAGAUGUUUCGAACCUCGUCCGUUUAAUGGAUGCUGACGUACCAAUACAUGAAGUGAGAGAGCUAGUCAUACCGUACGUCAAACAAGCUAAGUGGAGCAAGGUCGUGUCACAAGCUGUACAUGAUUUGGAAGCUGUGUAUAGAAACGCUAAGGCGUUGGGGUGUGAGUGCCCUAUAACAGUGGCUCCAUUCCUGGCCUACAACGCGACGCAACAUUCUGGAAUAUUCUGGCAAAUGUCUGUCAUACGGAAUACGGAGAAUAAGCUUGUCACUCCAAAACAUCGGGCUGGGGACCUCGUUGCAGCGGGAGGGAGAUAUGAUGCCUUAGUAGCUGAAUUCUGGAAAGUAGCGUCAACAGAAAAAGAUCACGAUAGUACUGAACUAAGAUCAAGUUCAGUCGGGUUCUCCAUGUCCUUGGAACGGAUGGCGGCCAUCUUGAAAAAGUUGGACGCUGAGACACCGGUGCAGCAGCCUAAUGUUGAGAUGGGUCUAAUCUGCGUAUGUGUAUGGGGUACGGCGGGCAAUGGGCGCGACGGCCAGGCCGCGUCCCGCCGCGCCAGCCUCGCGCGGGACCUCUGGACACACCGACACCGCGCCGCGCUGUGGCCGGCCUCUAGUGCUGAUGCACAUGAUCUAGCUCGCCCCGGCCUACUUAUACUACAUGAUGACGCCGAUGUUAGACUGGCUUGUUGGGAUGGAAUGAGGUUAAGAGAACACAAAGUGCCAUACAUAGAUGUCUUAGAUUUUAUCAAACAGAAGCUCUAUCCAGAUGCUGUCAGAAAUUCUGAACCUGGAACGGGUACAAACCGCGCGUUAAGCUGGUCGGAAUGUGAGAAGUCAAACUGUGGUUUCACAACUUCGGUCAGCUUCUGCAUCGCUUCCAAAGACAGGAUGAACAAGAACUCCAAGAGGCAUUGUGAGAACCAGAUAAACACCCAAAUAACAUCAACGCUGGUGUCGCUGGGCCUGCAGGCCGGCGUGAGUCGCGUGCGCGUGCACGUGGUGGCGGUGGCCGUGGAGGCGGCCGCCGUCCGCGCGCUGGCCGCCGCGCUGGCCGCGCCGCUCGACGCCGGGGAACUGCAUCACGCCUUCAUGCCUGUUAUUGAUGCGUACCCAAAACGCCGAGAUGUUCUAGACGAUGCCCUCCAUGAGUUAACAUCACUAGUUAAACAAAACAGCCAGUGUAGGGCCACGGAUGAGACACAACUCUACGCUCUAUACUCUAUUCCCGAUUCUCUAUGCCGACUGAUCACAUGA